AUGGCACUCACACAACCUUUAUCUGACCUUGCGUCACAUGCUAAUGCUUUGAAAGUAGUUCGUUUUGACCUCUUGGACAUACUUUGCGAGCAAAAGGCGGUUUUAUUGGCCUUGGAGGCAGAACGACAGAAGUUUAUCCUGCAUACCACUCAUGCACGUGUUCUUGCAUGCUUGCUAGAGAACGAGAAGCUGUUUCAGCAACUGUAUCUCCAAAAAAUUGAUCUCUUCACUGAUUCUAAAUCUAAACAUCGUGUAAUCCAUCAUCAUCAUCAUCUUCAUCAUCCUCAUCAUCAUAUAUCUCAUCACAAAAGUGGUUCUCAGAGAAGUGUAGUAGCCCAUUUGGAGAUAUUGUCACCUCUAAGACGUUUGGAUGCCGGUAAACACGAAGGCGUUGACAAUUCUCUACAUCCUAUGAAAGAUGGAAUGGAUGUUCUUGUGGUUCCACUUAACUCUGAAUUUGAAAUUGAGUGUUCCCUUGUUCUUCAUGAUGAUGGAGAUAACAGUGAUAAGCUAUGGAAAGAGCAGCAAAAACGAUGUAUGGAUGGUAUACACAGUAUACCAUUUAUUUUAACCUAUAUAUCCGGUGACGCAUCAUUAUCUGAUGAGAGCAAUACUCUUGCUUAUGCCCAAUGUAGAAGAAGAAAUGGUACUGGUAUACAAAUUGUACGAUUUUCACGUAUUUCACUUCAUCUUGCCAAGGCAAGUUCUCAUCAUGUUCUUCUUGUCACUCAUCCCCGCACACAGUACUGUGUUAUUCAACCCUUGGAAGUUCCUAUUUUAACUCUGGCACCACCAGUUAUUACCAUUGAGGAGCUACAGUAUAUUGAUGUAAAAGAUAAAAGUAUUCAAAUGCCUGCUCAAAUAAGUGAUAUGGAGUUACGUUUACGAGUUUCUGUUAAAACAGAUGAUAAUAUUUCAUGCAUAGUGCUUACCUGUCAUGAACAGCAUCGAAAUGGACAGAAAUUCUAUGUUGGGAUAUGUGAGAUACGAGAUGAAGAAUGUAAAGAAUAUCGUAUUGAGGAUGGUCACUGGUGUUUUCAUCAUCAAAUGCCGAUGAGAACUAGUGGAACUCUUGAUUCCGAUGGGCGAAUGGUACUUUUGGCAGAAGUAACAUUGUCAUCUAUGCAACAUCAUGUAUUUAAAGAAACAUUUCAAGUUUCACCUUAUAGAAGGAGAAAACCUAGUUUUCAGAGACGAGCUUUGUCUGCUGAAACAUUACUACCAAAGGAAAUUUCUAUGCAAAAAUCGUUUGCAAGUUCUGAUAUUAAAAAAAAUUGGAUAUCAGGCGAUUCAGAAAAGUAUAGAGAUACUAAUAAUCAAGAAGAUGCCAUGGGAAAGAGUUCAUCACGUUUUCCUCCUGAUGUGUCAACCGCUACAUCAGACGUAAAUAUUCAAAAUAACUCUACUGGAGGAAAUGAAGAUGCUGUACAAGUCUCUACUGGAAAAACAAAUGAAAAUAAAAGGAAUGCUUUAUUAAGUUCCUUUAUCCUUGGUGAUUAUGGUCUACUUGCUGUUACUUCCAGAAAUGGUAAUUCCGUUGGUCAUAAAAUACCCCAUCUUGUUUGGUUUACUCACUCUACAACUAAUGCUAUACGCAGUGAUACUUAUGUUUCUAUUAAAGGACUACACGAGAGAAUGCUCCAAGUAACCACUAAUACUUGCAGUUCUGAUUCUCAACUACGAGAUUCAGAAUGGAGAUUGGAGCCCUGUUGCGAUACUUCUCGAAAAUGGCUGUUGCAGAAUCCACGUGGUGGUUCUAUAGUUCUCUCAUCAAAUAAAAAUCAAACCCAUUCUCUUGAGUCAUGUUGCUUUUGUUGUUUCUUUCCACCUGCAUUAAAUUCUCCUACUAAUGAAGAUGUCAUUGCCGAACAAUUCUUCGUCGAAGGUUUGCAGUAUCUCGUGCAACGAUGGACUUCUGGUACGAUCCUCUGCACAGAUUCUAUGGGUCAAUCGCGUGUGCUUGUUAACGACAGUGUUGCUAUUUCUCUGUGGAAACCAGGAGAUGAAGAAGAUACCAAUCUUUUGGUAUUUGCCCAUCGUGGACGUCGCUUUUCUGUAUACUCAUUAAGUGAUCAGGCAGUAGUUUUACAUUCUAAUCUUCAAGCGACGGAUGAUCAUAUUGAUAUUCCGGAUGUAAAGGAGUAUCGUGGUAUUACUCCAGUGCUUGGUGGGAAUUCAGUGGUGUUGUGGAGUUCCUUGGCAGUGGAGUUAUUUUCACAUGCACCUACGUGGACACGACGACUUCUUUACAAAAUGGAAUUUAAAAAUACUGUUGUUAUCUUGGCACUCUGCUCUGCGCAAAAUAUAUCAGGAGUAGAAAGUGAUAAAAACAAAUCUACUUCAAUGGUUUCAUUUCUACUUUUAUCUGAUGGUAAUAUACUGGGACUUUCACUAGACGGCAAUACUCAACUAAUUGGGCGUUUACCUUCUGAUGAAUCUAUUUCUUCACCGUCUCCAUCAUCAUCUUCUUCUUCUUCUUCAUAUUCGUUGGGCAUUUUGACUGUAUCCCACUUGACUUGUCUCUCUAAACUCACAAUGCGACACGUGAUAUUAAAUGAAAAAUCUGCUAUUUGUGUCUGUGGAUUUUCGGAGGACCACAUUUUGCGACGUGCUUACGUAUCUUAA